AUGGUAAUACAUAUAUUGUUGCUUCUAAUAUGGUGUAUAUCAGUGAAUACUCAUUAUUCACUCUAUCAUUCUGACAUUGCUGAAGCAUCUUAUUCUACGUUUGAUUGUUUGCAUGCUUAUUUAAUCGAUCGUGGCAAAGAAACUGGUGGACGUUACAUUCAGAAUUCUCAUUUAAUUCCUUAUUGUAGACGACCUGAUCAUGACGAAGAACAAGAACAUGUUUCAUAUAAAUACGGUGAAAAUAUAGCAGAAACAAUUACUUUUGAAGAAUUGAAGAAACGAGGAGUAACAAGUGAUCAAUUACUUGAAUGGUUUGCACCUAUCGAUGUUGCCGAGUCGUAUGAAAUAAAUAAAAAUAGUACAGGUGUGUUUUACAAUUGUACAUCACCUUGGUUUGGUUCUAUGUGUCAAUAUAAAUUUGUUUAUGAUCUAUCUCUGUCAUUCAAUGAUAUUAUUGAUGUUACUUUUAGCAAUGGGAACAACAUUAAUUAUAAUAUUACCAGUGGAACAUGUUAUCGAUUUUUAACUGAUUGUAAUAAUGGAUUGUGGCCAUUGUGUUUCGAUUGGCGUGAAAUUUGUGAUGGAAAAAUUGAUUGUUUGAAUGGAACAGAUGAACAAUGGUGUGAUCAGCUAGAAAUUACUCAGUGUAAUGAUAAUGAAUAUCGAUGUCAUUAUGGUGGUCAAUGUAUUCCAUUGACAUUUGCCAGAGAUAGUAGAAUUAGUAUUGAUUGUCUUGAUGGUAGUGAUGAGCAAGACUAUGCUAUGGAUGGUGCUCCCAACAUUAUCAACGUACCUUGUUCGCUCGUCACGACAUUUCGAUGUCAAGAACGCAUUAGCCGAUAUUCACGAUCUUUUCAAUGUGGUGAUGGACAAUAUGUGACGCAUAACAUUAUACCAACUUAUAAACCUCAUUGUAAGAAUAAAAGAGACAAAGAAUUAUCUCGAGCUAUGUUGACUUCAAUGGAUCAUAUUUCAAGCAUCAGCUGUCGCAAAGCUUUCUAUUGUGCACUUCAUUUCAAUCGAACAAUCGGCUUAAGUUCACAUAUUUCAUUGCAAGAUACUCUUCAAACCUCUCCAAUUUUAGUAGAUGUUGGGAAUGAAGAUUGUGAGCCAUUAUCUCAGCAUUGUUUGUCAGAAUGGGUAGUAAUACCUGCACAUCCUAUUUUCCUCGGAAUGUUUCAAUUUGUUUAUCUAACUAAUCGAUCGGUUGAUGAAUUAAAAAAAAAUGUUGCACCUAAUUUUGUAUGUUUCAAUGCACAAAGAUGUCCUGUAUUAGCAUCGAAAAUUGUUUCUAUUGAAAUAAUUAAUGGAUUAACAUGUUGUCAUCUUUCGAAUUUAAUAGACAAUGUUCAGCUCAAAAACUUUAAUCAAGUAAUUAGCAGUUUCAUGCCGUUUGACCAACAUUGUUUAAAAAAUGGUGUUAAACAAUCGUGCACAAAUCCAUCGUAUUUUCAUUGCAAUAAAUCCAUGAAAUGCAUUCCAUAUCAUCGCGUUGGUGAUGGUGUGAUUGAUUGUCAUUUUCGAGAGGAUGAAGAUUUUAAUGCUUGUCAAUUGAACGAUUCAACUCGAUUUAAAUGUCAAUCAAAUUUGAGCAAAUGUUUAUCUCUAGUUGCAAUUGGUGAUGGAUAUCAUAAUUGUCCUUUAGAAGAAGAUGAAAUAUUCACAUACACACAAGACUUAGUCAAAUUAGUAUCAUUUCCAGAUAUAUGCAAUCUUAACGUGAAUAAAAAUAUACGGUCACUGAAAAUUACGGAAACGGAUGAAACCAAUUGCACUUGGUGGCCAUGUAAUAAUCCCUACACACAAUGCGAUCGAUAUUGGCAUUGUCUGAAUGGUGCUGAUGAGCUCAAUUGUCCUAAUACAAAAUGUUCUUUCAAUGAACAUGAAUGUACAAAUAAAGAGUUUGAAUUGUCUCAUUGCUUACCUUUGGCUCAAAUGUAUGAAAAAUAUCUUUAUCCUUGCAAUCGUACACUUUUACAUCGUGAUGUUUACCUGUAUAAUGAAACUAUGAAUAUUAGUCAAAAUCAUUUAUCUUGGAGUUAUGACGAAUGUGUCACUUCAGAGAAGCUUUGUGGAACAAAUCAUCAUUUCAACACAUCGUCGUUAGAGAAUGCUACUUGUCUUUACGGAUCUCAACAAUCAAAUUUGAGGUUUAACUACAAGGUUAAACAUUUUUCGAGCAACGAAUAUCUAUGUACUCUCCAAUAUUCAGUACAAAGUUCUAAGCGUUCUUAUUAUUUUUCAACAGCCAAAAGAUUGGGCUAUUUUCCAGCAAUGUCAAUAAAUCAUUCUAUUUCGCCAAUUUCUAAAACAAAUCGCAAGAAAAAUAUCAUAGAUAAUAUCGAUUUCAGAUUACUUUCAUAUUGUCAUCGUGGUAUUCUUAUACUUAGUGGUCAAAAUGAAACGAAAAAAUGUCUUUGUCCACCGAAUUAUUUCGGUGCUCGAUGUCAAUGGCAAAAUCAACGCAUUAGUUUGACUGUUCAAUUACAAUGGCAAAGUACUGCAUCUACUACUGUUAUUUUUCAAGUAAUAAUCAUGCUCAUGGAUGAACAAAAACAAAUUGCUGUUAAUCAUGAACAAAUUACAUAUAUGCCUACUCGUGAUUGUUACACAAAGUUUAAUAUUUAUCUACUCUAUCCAAGUCGACCAAAAUCUUUAUCAAAUAAUUAUUCAAUUCGUAUUGAUCUUUAUGAAAAAACAAAAUUAGAUUUUUGGGCUAGUUGGCAUGUGAAGAUACCAUUUCAGUUUUUACCUGUCAAUCGAAUUGUUACUCAAUUAUUUAUUCCUGAAAUACGAGAACUGAAUCCAUGUCUACUAUCGUGUGGAAAACAUGGCAAAUGUAGACGAUACGUAAAUAAAAAAUCAUUAUUUUUUUGUCAAUGUGAUCAAGGAUAUUCUGGUGCAUAUUGUAAUAUUACACAUAAAUGUAAUUGUGCAACUGAUUCAUUAUGUUUUGAUUCAUCUAUCAGCAUCUGUUCAUUAUAUAAAUUCGGUCGACAUUGUCAUUUAACACAUUCAAUUUGUCAAUUACCAAACAAUCCAUGUCAACACAAUGGACUUUGUGUACCAACAGAUGAUCGUAUUAGUUUAAAAGCAUUUACCUGUUUCUGUUUAGAAGGCUAUUCAGGUAAAUUAUGUGAGAAUAAAAACAAUCAAAUUGAUAUACGAUUAGAUGAGACAACAGUAUCCAUAACUUCAUUAUUACUUUUACAUUUCAUUACUACAUUUGAAGAUGCUGAACAUGAACGAAUAACAGUCUUAAAAAAAAUUCCUUUUGAUCAAAAUAUUUUAACAAUUAACGUACAACAACCGUUUAAUAUUCUUUUUGUUCAAAUACCUAAUCAAUAUUAUUAUUUAACAGUACUUCGAGAAGUAUUCAGACCUUCUGAGUAUAUUUAUACAGAAAUACAACCGCAACAACGUUGUUACUCUAUCAAUGAUCUUUUAAAUACUACUUUUUUAGAAUAUAAAUAUUUACGGCGAGUGAAAUAUUAUCCAUUAUUAUGUCGAGAAAAUUUACAAAUGAUGUGUUUUUAUGAUAAAGAUCUCAUGUGCAUAUGUGAUAUUAAUCGAUUUUCUAACUGUUUUCUAUUUAAUCAUACAUCAAAUAAUGAUUGUCAAGGAUAUAAUUGUUGUGAAAAUGAUGGUCAAUGUUUUCAGAACAAUGAAACAUGUCCAACAAAAUCAACUUGUAUAUGUCCAGAUUGUUAUUAUGGUGCUAAAUGUCAAUUUUCAACGAAAGGUUUUAUGUUUUCACUUGAUACAAUUCUUGGAUAUCAUAUUAAACCAAAGAUUUCACUCAAUCGGCAACCAUUAAUUAUUAAAAUAAGUAUUCUUAUUAGUACAAUUAUGUUAAUUUCAGGAUUAAUUAGUGGAUUAUUAUCAAUUGCAACAUUUCGUAGAAAGAAACCAAGACAGGUUGGUACUGGUUAUUAUCUUUUAUUAUCAUCAAUUACUUCAAUAUUUACAAUAAUUAUAUUAACAAUUAAAUUUUGGCAAUUGAUUUUUUCACAAAUGUCUUUAAUAAACAAUCGAUCUAUACUUUAUUUCAAUUGUAUUUCUAUAGAUUUUAUUCUUAAAAUUCUAUUAUCAUCAAGUGAAUGGUUAAAUGCUUGUGUGGCUAUUGAAAGAAUGAUUAGUAUUAUAAAAGGUGUUCAUUUUCAUAAGAAAAAAAGUAAAAAAAUAUCUAAAUGGAUCAUUGUAAGUGUAUUUCUUUUCACAAUAUCUACAUACAUUCAUGAUCCUAUUCAUCGUCAAUUAAUCGAUGAUAUAGAUAUAGAUGAACAUCGAAUUUGGUGUUUUGUUCGGUAUUCAUCGUCUAUUAAUAUUUACAAUUCAUUUAUUACACUUUUUCAUUCUCUGACACCUUGUUCAAUUAAUGUUAUAUCUGCUCUUUGGAUUAUUACAGUAUUAGCUCACAAUCGUACUGGUGUACAACCUGAUCAAUCAUUUCAACAACAUUUACAACAUCAAGUACAACAGCAUCGACAUCUUUUAUUGACACCAUGUAUGGUAAUAUUAUUAAGUUUACCUCGAUUGAUAAUUUCAUUUACAAGUGGAUGUAUGAGAUCAGCACGUGAACCAUGGUUAUAUCUUAUUGGUUAUUUUGUCUCCUUUAUUCCAUCAAUGUUAACAUUAUUUGUCUUUAUAUUGCCAUCAAGAAAUUAUAAAAAUGAGUUGAAUACAAUGCUUCAAAAGAGGAUGAGAGGACUUCGUAGACGUUCGUAG